AUGAAUAUCCUCGAAUACAUGUUUGGCAAGCGCAUGACGCCUGCAGAGCGUUUACGAAAGAACCAGCGAUCCCUGGAUAAGGCGAUCCGAGAGCUCGACCAGCUCCGCGUCAAACUCGAGAAGCAGGAAAAGACGCUGAUACAACAAAUCAAGACAUCGGCACAAAAGGGACAGAUGGGCGCAUGCAAAAUCCAAGCGAAAGACCUCGUACGGACAAGGAGGUAUAUUGAGAAGUUCUACGACAUGAGGAGCCAACUACAAAAGAUCUCCCUGCGCCUUCAAACGUAUCGAUCCAAUGAGCAGAUGAUGCAGGCCAUGAAGGGUGCCACGAUGGCACUUGGCAGCAUGAACCGGCAGAUGAACCUACCCGGACUCGCAAAGAUCGCUAUGGAAUUUGAGAGAGAAAACGACAUUAUGGAGCAGAGGCAAGAAAUGAUGGACGACGCUAUUGAUGAUGCGAUGGAUGUGGGAGCAGAGGAAGAGGGCGAGGAAGUGGUGGAACAGAUCCUUGAAGAGAUCGGUGUGGAUCUGAACCAUGCGCUGGGCGAGACCCCAACCGGCUUACAGGCUGCUGCCGUGCCAGAAGGAAAGGUUGCGCAGGCUGUUGGGGAAGACGAUGACUUGCAGGCGCGACUGGACAGCCUGAGACGGUAG